CAUUAUGGUGCUUUUAGCCGAAUUUAUCACAAGCCGCCCGAAAACACUUUUACAGGUCCAAUUACAUAAAAAAAGUUUCUUCUUCUUUACCACUGUUGCUUCUGUGGUAUUUAAUAAGCCUGAACAUGGCGCUUCGGGACGACUUUCCAGAGGAAAUAACCGCGUUAGUGCUGUUCUCUCUGCUGCUAAUGUUAGCCUCCGCUGCUACACGCUGUUAGCCAGCUAACGCUAGCGAAUUUAUUGGCCUCCAACGGUCAACUGGCAACGGCGCACUUACAGGCGAAAGUGUCCUGCUGUUACCAAUUUUUCCUAAAGGAUUUACUAACAUGCCAUCUGCUUCACAACAGCAAGUCAGGUGAGAAAAAUGUGGCAGCAGGGAAAGCCACUCGACCAUGGGCUGCAUUCAGUAUGCACUUACAGCUGACUGGCUGAUGAGCCGCAAUCAGCCUUCCCACUCCGACUGGCAAUGAUUGGCCUCCUGCAGUGAAGGUUAGCUGUGGGGCCCUCAGUCUCCAUCACUCCAGAUAAUCAUUAGGAAAGGGAGACGAGAGGAAACCCAUCUAACUGAAGAUAUUAUCUGAGUGACUGCUGGUGAGUGUGGAGGAAGCAUUUAAAGAGAGACUGCAGCAGACACCGUUGAGUUAAAGUGCCACAUCGAACUCCCUCAGCGAAAGCACAACUUGUCUGCAACCCCUUCCUGGGACUGUUAAGAGGACCCAGGGAAGAAAGCGUGCUGCCAGCAUCUGCCUGGCGUCCCAGCAUCGCCACGAUGGAUGAGAGUCGAAGGGAAGCACUGGCAGCAGCGGCGCCUGAGCCCACCAACGCCUCCUCCGCCACAGCUGGCGCCAACACCACCAAUAUGACCGGCCCGGGCACUGGUGAGAAGGACGAGGCCUUUUCCAAGCUGAAGGACAAGUUCAUGAAUGAGCUGAACAAAAUCCCAUUGCCAUCAUGGGCCAUUGUCUCUAUUGCCUUUGUUGCUAUCAUUCUGGUGUUAGCGUGCUGCUUCUGCAUCUGCAAAAAAUGGAUAUUCAAGAAGAAAAACAAAAAGAAGGGCAAAGACAAGGGCAAAAAUGCCAUCAACAUGAUGGACGUCAAGGAUGGAGCCAAAACCGAGGCCUUGAAGGAUGAUGAGGAAGAUGCGGAGACAGGGCUGACCGAAACGGAGAAAGAGGCCGAGCCCAAGGAGGACCAGAAACUGGGCAAAUUACAAUACUCCCUGGAUUACAAUUUCACAGAGAAUACGCUCAUAGUGGGGAUCAUCCAGGCGGCAGAGCUGCCUGCUAUGGACAUGGGUGGUACAUCUGAUCCAUACGUAAAGGUCUACCUGCUGCCUGACAAGAAGAAGAAGUUUGAGACCAAGGUCCACAGGAAGACCCUCAACCCUGUCUUCAAUGAGCAGUUCACCUUCAAGGUCCCCUACGUAGAGCUCGGUGGAAAGACACUGGUAAUGACGGUGUACGAUUUUGACCGCUUCUCCAAACACGAUGCCAUCGGCGAUAUCAAGGUGCCCAUGAACAAGGUGGACUUCAGCCAUGUAACAGAGGAGUGGCGGGAUCUGCAGAGCGCUGAGAAGGAGGAGCAAGAGAAGCUGGGUGAUAUCUGCUUCUCUCUGCGAUACGUUCCCACUGCUGGCAAGCUGACCGUGGUCGUCCUCGAGGCCAAAAACCUGAAAAAAAUGGAUGUGGGAGGCUUGUCAGAUCCAUAUGUGAAGAUCCAUCUUAUGCAAAACGGCAAGAGGCUGAAGAAGAAGAAGACGACAAUCAAGAAGAACACCCUCAACCCUUACUACAACGAGUCAUUUAGCUUUGAAGUCCCAUUUGAACAAAUCCAGAAAGUGCAAGUUGUUAUAACUGUUCUGGACUAUGACAAGAUCGGCAAGAACGAUGCCAUCGGCAAGGUUUUUGUGGGCCUCAACAGCUCGGGGACGGAGCUGCGCCACUGGUCCGACAUGCUGGCCAACCCCAGGAGACCCAUCGCCCAGUGGCACGUGUUGAAGCCUGAGGAAGAGGUGGACGCUCAGCUCUCCACCAAGAAAUAGGCAGGACCCUUUCAGCACCUGCCUUGUAGUACUCUUUAGCCAGUAUGUGUAAAUACCUCAGUGAUAUAUGGGUCCAUCCAUGUAACCCCCUAACUCAGCCUCUCCCAGCUUUACCGUUCCUAAUAUCACAAACAAUCCUAAUUGUUCAAACUUCCUGUAAGAUCCCACCUUCUGCUAAUUUCUCUCGGGUUCUACUUUUCUGGCUUUCUGUUUUUCUUUUUGUUCCUCUAUGUUUCAGCAGUUUUUGUUUUCCAUCUCUGUGCCCUUAAACGCCCUGACCAAAUGCCCCCUUCUUUUAAGCAAUAUGAUCUGUAUAGAUAGCGCAUGACUGAAAGAAUUUAUUGUACCACAGUUGUAUAUAUAAGUAUGCAGAUAAAAAUGAUUUCUAGUUUAUGUGUUUGUAUGUUGUUACCUGUUUCCUAAUCUGUGUAUAUCUUGAUGUUUUUAAUAAGAUGUUCUAUUUUAAAUUAUGUAAAUGCAGAUAUAGAGGAAAGCCAAUAUUAUAUAUCCCAGGAUUUAAAAAUUCUACCUUAUUACCUUAUUGCAUUCCAGAAAAAAAAAACUCCAACCUGCAAGACACUAGUGGAAAUAUAUUCAAAUAUUGUAAAGGACAAUGUCUGCCUUUAAGUUCAGCAAAGGAUCAUCACUGAAAAGACAAACAGACAAAUAUAUACAAACAAAACUCCAAAAUACAAGGCCAUUAACUGCUAUGGUUCUGAGGGAAAAAUUAUGCUGCUGGAAAUUAUAUAAGCACAUGAUGUCUUAUGACUUUUUGUACUUAUUUCUCAAUCAGAGGACCUAUAUGUUUAGCUUGAUGCACACUCCUUACCAGACACAAUAGUUAAUGCAACCCAGUUAGCAUUUACUUUCUCCAUAUUUGGCAGUUUCUUCUAAGUGAAAUAGGUCCUCGUUUUAAAGGCCAUCGUUCACUUAUACUGGCUCGUUAGCUUUUCCAAAAAUGGAAAAUAUUGCCUCCAAAAAAAGACUCAUUUCUCAACCCUUCAGAAACAGACCCCAUGUGAAAAAAAGCACCAAUCUGUAGCCAUUGUGUCCUUAAGCUCGUUUAACAAUAUUUUGUUAACUGCUUACUUUGAACAGCCUUGUCGUUGUUGGAAGUAUAUCGCAUUUAGGCCGAUCUUCGAGGGGGAAUUAAAAAAAAAAAAAAGACGAGUCACGACUCUGGUUUUAAGAG